AUGACUUCGGCGAUCCGGGUGCUGACAGCGACGCAGGCGACGUCCUUGACAGCGGACGCUGACAUGCAGGUGUGCGUGGACGCAUGGCGCUUGGAAGCUGAGGGCCGACGCGCCACUGGACAGCAGAGCGCGCAUCAGCUCGUGGGCCAGGCGCUCCUGACGAGCGCCAACGACUUCUGGGCUAAGAAGUUGAAAUGGAUGACGGAGCACGCAGGUGCAGUCACGAAGAACGGCGGCCAGGUGAAGUCGGCCAUCGCCGAGCUGGAGCGGAGGGGCGCUAACCCGUCGGAGCAGCGUGCCAAGCUGCUCAAGCGCAUCGUGGACGACGUACCGUACUGGGAGGCCGCAAGGUACACGGGUUGCGCGGACGAGUGCAAGGCCAUGGUCCUCAACAGGUCCACUUUGCAGCGCAGGGCGCUCACUUCUGAUGGCGAGGGCAACGGCGGCAUCGGCACGGAGGGCGGCGCCCAGACGACGGCGGUGACGACCGCUUACAAGGAGUUGUUCAAGGACUUGUCCAACGUGUUCGCGGCGGGCGAGCAACUGGAGCGCUGCUCUCGUGCGCUCCAGUCCAAGAUAGCGGCCGUGGACCUCAGCGUGAAGCACGAGAUGUUAGCAGAUGCGUUGGCCACGUGGAAUGAUGGUGAUAAGGAGUUGACUCACCGUCUGAAGGAUGCGUUACACAGCUGUCGCAUGAAGGCCCUGCCCGAGAAGCUGCAGGACGGGGCCGAUUGGACUACGAAAGGAGGCUUCCUGUUUGAAGUCUUGGAGCUCUUAGCGCCGAACGUGCCGCGUUCAUCGGUGGAUGCUUCAACGGGCGUGGCAGCGUGGUUGGGCGCUGCCUGGCGCGUGGCGCGCGCCCAGACAACGCUCGCGCAGGCGGAGCACCACGUGGGGGAGGGUUUGCAGGAUGCUACGCCUGCCGGCGUCGGGCGCCACGCCAGGGAGUUGACUCGGGCCGUCCAGAAAGUGAACCACAACGCCCGCAGCAUUGCCCUUGAGAAAUUUCACGCCGGCGCUUCGCUGCAGGUGGCUGACGCCGUGAACUGUGCGAGCGACCUUGUCCAAAGGGUCGGGGCGAAGAUCGCCGGCGCCUUGUGCGAGAAAACAAGGCUGGACUUCACGAACCUGAAGAAGAGCGCUGAGGAGGCGGCUGGCGUCGCUGAGUUCAAAAAGGAGUGCGACAAAUGUACGACUCUCAAUGCCGCGCUUGACCUCUACGGCAUCGGUCUGCACGAGGCGCCCGUCAACGAGUGGCUCGACCAGACGUGCACCAUCGAGGGGGGCUUGACGACCGUGGCGGGCAAGGCGACAGAGUACUCGCUGCCAAGCUACUCCACCGAGGCGACCGCAGGCAUCACCGAGGAAAUCGUGGUCAUCCGCGCGCUCUGCAUGAGCGCAGGGCUCCUGAAGGCGUUCGGCACGGAGCCGCUCCAAGCUAACAAGAUAGCCAUGCGCAACAGCUGCAUGAAUACCCAGUUCAAGCUCAGGAAGUUCGGCAUCCCGCCUGAGUCACUGCCGCGCGUCGUGGUGUCGCGGCGCAGGGAUGCGCUCAAGAUGCGGG